AUGAUCAUCUCACAAAACUUCGCCAUUUUUUUGUUGUUAAACGUUUUUUUGGCUGCUAUGGGCCAAUUAAACCAACAAGCCAACAGCAACAAAAGUAGAACCGAAGUUCAAGUUUAUGGAGAAAUAACCCCUAAAGAAAUAAAAGCACUGGCCCCAGCAAACCGGACUCUGAACUGCACCCUCUUCACUAAUUACAUACCCCAGUUGAGGUCGUAUGUCAACUCUUCAAACAUGUACCUGGAAGCAGCCAAAGAUAUAAAAUAUCAAAUCAUUAACAACCAAACUAUCUCGGCCACUUUGAGGUUAACCAGGGAAGACAACUACAACUCAGUUCAUUGCAUUGUUCGGGAUUUCAACGAAAGUUACAAAAUCGGCCAGACACAAAUUUUUGUGGCUGAGCCCUUAGUUAGGCCCAACGUUACCUGCGUGGUCUACAACUUCAAAGUUUCAUUAAAUUGUUCUUGGGUGCCAGCUGUUCAGAAUGUUGGGGUAACAACAACUUAUGAACUGACUUAUCUUUAUCUUUGCAAGUACAGGCAUGCCUGCCAGCACAAAGAAGGGUAUUGUUUUAUGGAUCCUGAGAAAGGCUCUCAUAUCUUUUUUCUCGGGAUAUAUUGUGUGAAUCUCAUUGUGAAGAAUAUGUUCCAAACGAUCAAAGUUGAAAAUGUCUUCAAUAUGGACCACUAUGUUCGGCCUGCAGCUGUAGCUUUCCAUACCCCGGCCACGAUCAACAGUACGUGGGUGGAGCUAAAUUGGUACAAUUCUGACUUUGCCAAUCGACGCAUCAUUUAUACCAUCGAGUACCGAAUGGAUGGUAGUACAGAAGUCCAUUGCAUACCGUACGUCCAGAAGUAUAAUACGAGCUACUCCGAGGUCGAGAUGGGCUACACGAGUUUCAUUGAAAACCAAUCGAUUAUUACUUUCAAGACUCUAAGUGCUGAGCCUGGGGCCAAUCCAGCAGUGCAUCCUGGCAGUUACUACGUCAGCAACCAUCAGGCAGCAUCCUCUCAGCAGCCAAGCAACCCAGCAACGACAACAACCUCGUCAUCGUCAACCUCGAUGACGUCAUCAUCAGUGACGUCAUCGAGGUUUGUGAACGUCUUCUGGAAGCCUAUCCCAGAGCUGAAGCAGCACGGAAUGAUGAACAAGACUCUGGUCACAGUGAGAUCUCUAGCUAAAACUGACGACGGUGACGUCAUUUUCGUCGACAAAUUUGAUUGGCUGCUUAACGGAGGCUUACUCAGUUCAUCAUUGGCAAAUGGUGUCAGUUACGUGGUUGGCUUGCAGUCAUGCAAUGAGAAAGGUCUCAGUCUCACAUUGCCUUCAUCAUCAUUCAUCAUUCCUAGCCUUGCGAGAGCCCCCAAACCGCCAGAGCAGGUUUAUGCCAUGGUGGACAAUCGCAAGAUAACGCUCCACUGGUCACACGUCAGUGAAGCAGACAACUAUACAGUCUUCUGGUGUCUCAAUGAUCUGUCUACCCACGAUUGUAUGCUCAGCACACCACUAAACUGGACGGAACCCAUUCGGAAUGACGUCAACGCGACGGUUGUCAUGGCGACCGAACAUGACGUAGAUUUGAAGGUCGGCGUCUCCGUAGAGAAGUACGACCCGACUUUGAAGGCCAUCACCAGUAGUGGGGUAGUUUGGGCCGAGUGUCUGCAUGAACCCGGAAAGGACGUACUCCCACCAAUGAACGUUCACGUUUCGUUGAGCCAAUCACGUGAUGGGGCCCUGGUCACGUGGGCGGCACCAUCUUGCCUAAAAUCCGCGCACAUCACUAACUACGAAAUUGUGUGGUGCAGAAAGCGGAGUUCACCAUGCCAACAUGAUGCUGAUGAUGACGAUCAAACUGGCUGCUGUCUAGACGUGAACAGCCGUCUGGUCGACAGGCACUCAAGAGACCUAUUCAUCAAAGGCCUUCACCCCGAAAGUCAGUUUGAGUUCAAGGUCAGGAGUUUGACCUUUAGCGGAGAGUCCACAUUCUCGAAGACAGUUAUAUACAAAUCCGGGUCAACGAAACUUUCGAACGCCGUCACGGCGAUCAUCAUCAUCAUCGUCGUCCUCUUCAUCAUCUUCGUCGUCGUCAUCGGCACUUUUGUCAUAAGAAAGUGCUUGAAGUCUUAUAAGAGAUACAAGCGGCAGAUCAGCAUAACACUGCCAGACACCUUUAAGAAUGAUACCUAUCAGGGUGGGCCAUACAUUUACGAAACCGGCCAAGAGUUAGCUACCUUGUUGGACCAAAAACAUCCAAACGACAACAACAACAUCAACAACAGCAGCAACAACAACCAUGUCUAUAACAUCGGCGACAACAACGUCAAUAAUAAUAAUAAUAAUAAUAAUAAUAAUAAUAGUAAUAUAGAGUUAAAAUUGUACAAAAUAAAAUCAACGAAGCCCAAAAUUUGGAACCCCAUUUGA